GAAGGAGGAGGUUUCGUGCCAAACCAGUGGUCUGGUCCGGCGUCGUUGCGCGCUAGUCUCGAGUCAAUGGGCGUUCAUCUUGCAGCUGCGAUGCUAACAGGAGCCGGCGGCGAGGGGUGACACUGGGGAGCUUUUUGCGUCGUCGGCAAACGCUUCCUUUCCUUCCUGACGCACCCCCGUUUCUGGGAGUCAUUUGGAGCACGCCGUGCCAGCGGCGAGCGAGCUUUAGCGGGUCGUGAGAACGCGCUCGGGCUUAGCUUCCACCAGUUCUCCGCAACCAGAGCAGCAACAUGAGCCGCGAUUUCAAACCCGGGGACCUCAUCUUCGCCAAGAUGAAAGGCUAUCCCCAUUGGCCGGCCCGGGUGGAUGAAGUUCCUGAUGGAGCUGUCAAGCCACCUACAAAUAAAAUGCCUAUAUUCUUUUUUGGCACUCAUGAAACAGCAUUUCUGGGACCAAAAGAUAUAUUUCCCUAUGCUGAAAAUAAAGACAAAUAUGGCAAACCAAAUAAAAGAAAAGGCUUUAAUGAAGGACUGUGGGAAAUCGAGAACAAUCCCAAAGUUAAAUUUUCUAGUCAACAGUAUAUUUGUCCACAGUCCCAACCAGCUGUUAACACUGCAGUUAUUAAAGAAACAACUCAAGAAAGUAACCUAGAUGCUUCAGACGAAAAUGAACAAAAAAUGGGUCCCAAACGGAGGAAGGCUACUGCUCUUAAAGGACCUGUUAAACAGGAUAAUAUAACCACUGAAGUUGAAAUAGAAGAAAAAGAGGUGGAAACAGCAAAAGACAUGGAUUCUUCUGAAAAACCUAGUGGUGAAGAUAUAGAAAAACCAAAUGAUGCAGCUGUUCCUAAGGUUGUUAGAAGAGGAAGAAAAAGAAAGGCUGAAAAACAAGCAGAAGCUGAAGAGACAGCAGCAAUGGUGGCAACAGCAACAGCUGCGGUAGUUACAGCUCCAAAAGCAAGCCCUAAAAGGGGAAGGCCAGCUGCUACUGAAGUAAAGGUUCCAAAACCCAGAGGGAGACCCAAAUUGGUAAAACAACCUUGUCCUCAGGAGGGCGACAUUGUUCAUGAGGAAGACAAGAAUAAGAGAAAGGCUGCUGCUGAAGAAAAGCCACCAAAAAAACAACAGAAAAGGGAUGAAGAGAGUCAAAGGGAAGAAGACAAAAUAAGAAAAGAGCCAGAUAAAAAAGAUGGCAAAAAAGAAGUUGAGACAAAAAGGAAAAAUGCUGCUAAAGUGGGAUCAGCCUCAGCUUCUGAUUCUGAAGAAGAUGGAGAAGAGCAGGAAGGGAAUAAAAAGAAAAAGGGAAGAAAUGUUCCAGGACCUCAUAGGAGGAAUAUUUUAAAAGCCCAACAUGAACGUGAAAUAGCGGAGAGAAAACGUAAGCAAGAAGAGCAAAUGGAAGAAAUGCAAAACAAAGAAGAAGGCAAGAAACCAGAAGCUAAGAAAAUAGAGAAAAAAAGAGAAACAUCAAUGGAUUCUCGGCUUCAAAGAAUACAUGCAGAAAUUAAGAACUCACUCCAAAUUGACCACCUUGAUGUAAACAGAUGCAUCGAAGCUUUGGAUGAACUUGCAUCGCUUCAAGUAACAAUGCAGCAAGCUCAGAAACAUGCAGAAAUGAUUUCAACAUUGAAAAAAAUACGAAAGUUCAAGGUCAGUCAGAUUAUCAUGGAAAAAUCCACUAUGUUGUACAACAAAUUCAAGACCAUGUUUCUUGUUGGUGAAGGAGAUUCUGUUCUUUCACAAGUGUUAAAUAAGUCACUAGCGGAACAAAAGCAGCAUGAAGAAGCAAACAAAACCAAAGAACAGUGGAAGAAAGGACCAAACAAGAAAGCUGAAAAAGACAGAGAGCAAACAGGGACAAAGAUAGUGAAUGGUGCUUCUUAUGCUCAGGAUGCAAAUCAGUCACAACAUAAUGGAGACAACACAGAGGAAAAGAGAGAGAAGCUUGAUACUGGCAGUAAGAAAAAGAUAGCUGGUGAUGGGAGAGAACAAGAGAAGACGAAGGGCUCCACUUCUGAAAAUGAAUGAAUACAGUCUAAAUAUUUGUAAAGUACAUAUUAAAGAGGACUUAAAAAGGGUUGCAUUUGAGACUAGAUUGCUGAAAGUUUUAAAUUUUAUAAGCAUAGUAUUUUAAUGUGUACAAUUUGGUGGGGUAAUUGUGAAAAACCCCAUUUAACCUUUCAUUUUUAAAGUAUUUAAAUGUCCUGAUAGCAUUUGGCCCAGUAUUAACAAGCAAUACUUAGUUCAAAUGGAAAGACCAAGUCAUUUUAGAGACUGAAAUGUGUUUGUAUGUUUCAGGAUUAGUGCUGUAGUAUAUUUACCUGACUACUUACUGUAUGUUCAGUUCUUGGUUAAUGACAGGGAAAGUUACUUUUUCUUUUCAAAUUGCCAAACUUGCUCCACUUGUACAAAUUCUUUUCUUCUUGUUGUCUGUGCAUUGUUUUCAGAGUUGUUGUUUGCCAAAAUGUCAAUUUGCUGUGUUUUGUAAGAAGCUGAAAGUAUUUUGUAGCAGCUAAAAUGUUAUGUAUGGGUAUACUCAGUCAGUCCUUUAUAAAAAAGUUAGUUUUGUUCUUGGAAGCUUAAAUGUGCCAACUUAAUAUGCUCUGACUUUCUGUGGUAUGCUUUUAGUUUUAUUGGUAUACUAAGGAAACUCAAGUGUUUCCAUUGGAAUUAUUGAUGCACAUUGGUCACAAAACACUGUCUUGAAGCAAUUUGUUUUUUAAAAAAUUAAAAGUUUCUGUAGAAAA